CAGUGUUCUACCUACCAACAACAACAACAACAACAACAACUGAGCACGACUUUGAGCUGUAAAAAAAAUAAAAUAAAACUAUUAUCACAAAAAGAAUUCAUAAGUCAGCAGCUAUUGAAAGAAUGAGGAGUGUAGACCUUCUCAGAAAUUCUCUCAUGGGAUGCAGUUUAUGGCAUUCAGCCAAGACUUCCUUACAAUCAAACCUACAGUUUUCAACAUUUGCUCGAAGACAAAGACUACAUAGUGUACAAAAUCAUGUGAAUAAAGCCUUUAGAAUGGAUUAUUUGUCCAAACAUCAAUAUCAGUGUAGCCAACAUUGCUUGUUGAUUGUGCCUCAGCGUAAAAUGGCAGGACACUCCCAUUGGCAAAAUAUUAAAAGUACAAAAGAAGCAGCAGAUAACAAACAUAUGUUGAUGGUGCAGAGUUAUGUCUCCCAAAUGAAAGCAGCUAUCACAGAUAAUGGCUCAAACCCAGAGACUAACUCUAAACUGGCUACAAUUCUGGAAAGAAUGAAAAAUGCAAAUAUACCGAAAAAUGAUAUAAAAAGAUAUCUGGAAAAUGCUACGAAGAAAGCGGGUACAGUGCAGACACUUUACUAUGAAGUACGAGGACCUGCAGGAUCAAUUUUUGUGAUGGAAGUUGAGACAGAAAGUGCAAAAAAAGCUAGGGACUCGCUUAAUACUUUAAUAAAGAAAACUAUAGGUAAAGUUAAAGAUGUACCAUCAUUUCAAAGUUUUUUUGAUAUGAAGGGAAUGAUAACCGUGCCAGUUACCAAGGACAUGCAGACAUCUAACAUGGAUGAGUAUCUAGAAAUAGCUAUCGAAACUGGAGCUGAGGAUGUUAUAAUGACAAAAGAUGAUAGUGGACUUGAGGAGUAUGAAUAUGUUUUGAAGUUUCACUGUGACCCUGUUUCGUACAGAAAGGUAGCAAAAGAGAUCGAGAAGUCGUAUAAUUUAGAAUAUUCAUCAUGUGCCGUGGAGCUUAUACCUCAUCAUUACGUCACCAUCGAGUCCGAGGACGACCUCAAAGCUUGCACACAAAUUGCCAAUAAAAUGCAGUCACAUCCGGACUUUGUCAGCUUGUUUGAUAAUGUUUCCCCACCGGAAGAUUGAUUUAGGCAUUCGUAACACUAGGCAACAACUACCAUGUUCUUUUAACAAAUAAGUUAUUUUUUCAAACUGGAAAAAAAAUAUUGUGAUACAGUGUAUAUCUAUUUCAUCACUUGUUUUUGUUAUUUAAAACUUCUGAUAUUUGAAAGAAAUUAAUUAUGAAAGACUAUAUCCUUUAGUCAGAUUCAAAACAUUUGUUUGAUGUUUGGUUUCUGAGAGAUUUUUGUUACAAACAAGAUCGGCAGGCUCAUUUCAAAUUUGGUAAAGGUAAAUUUAAUUAUGUUAAUUAGAUAAAACCUUUAUUAGUUUGUUUGGAAUAAAUGCCUUGCUAUAUAUGCUGUUUUCAUAACAAAUUGUCAACUUUGAGAGUCAAAAAAAAUAGUUCUCAUUUACAGUUCAUGUCUGUCAAUUUGACUUGGAAUUGGAUAGUAUUACAUGUGUUUAUUUAGAAAUAAAGAUUUUUAUUGUAAA